CCAGCCUAGCGCUCCGCGGGAGUUUCCAUGGCGACCGAGGCCGGGACCGCGAGGCCUGGCAGCGUUGCCAUGGAGACAACUCUGGAGCUGGGGCUCGGGAGCCCCGGCAAAUCGCCGGCUCAGAACCCCGCGGAGCCUCUGUGCAAGGCCGGUGCCACGGUGGCGGCGGCGCGCUGGGACCUACGGAAAUACUCCUUGCUCAUCGUAAUCGGCGAUAUUGGUACAGAGAGUCAGCUGAGGGCCGUGCGGGCCCACCUUGAACAAGGGAUUCUCUCCUGGAACAUUGACUUAUCGUCCUUUGACUUGAACCAACAGUUGAAACUCUUCAUUACCCGGCACCUAGCUCACUUCUCCUCAGAGGUCAAAGGCCAGAGGACCCUCUGCCACCAGAGUGAGAUUCUAGAGGCCAUCAUCCUAGUGAACCCCAGUGCAGACAGCAUCAGCUCAGAGGUUCACCAUCUUCUCAGUAGCCCAUCAGCUCACAAACUUCUCAUCUUGAGUGGACAGACUUUAGAACCUGAGGGAGACCUUAUCCUACAGACUGGUACCUAUUCCUAUCAGAACUUUGCCCAGGUCCUUCACAGUCCUGAGAUUACCCAGUUGUUCAGCAAUAGAGACCCUGGGAUCCAGGCCUUCCUCACCGUUUCCUGCUUAGGGGAAGGUGACUGGAGCCACCUGGGAUUGUCCAGCUCCCAAGAGACCUUGCACCUCCGGCUAAAUCCUGAACCUGUGUUACCCACCAUGGAUGGUGUGGCUGAGUUCUCCGAGUAUGUCUCUGAGACUGUGGAUGUGCCAUCCCCGUUCGACCUGCUUGAACCCCCCACCUCAGGAGGCUUCCUCAAGCUCUCCAAGCCUUGUUGCUACAUCUUUCCCGGCGGCCGUGGGGACUCUGCUCUUUUUGCUGUCAACGGUUUUAACAUUUUGGUGGACGGUGGCUCAGACCGCAAGUCGUGCUUCUGGAAGCUGGUACGACACCUCGACCGCAUCGACUCCGUGCUGCUCACACACAUUGGGGCUGACAAUCUGCCAGGCAUCAAUGGGCUCCUUCAGCGCAAAGUGGCUGAGCUGGAGGAGGAGCAGUCCCAGGGCUCCAGCAGCUACAGCGACUGGGUGAAGAACCUCAUCUCCCCUGAGCUUGGCGUUGUGUUCUUCAAUGUCCCCGAUAAGCUCCGGCUGCCUGAUGCCUCCCGCAAGGCCAAGCGCAGCAUUGAGGAAGCCUGUCUUACCCUUCAGCACCUAAACCGCCUGGGCAUCCAAGCUGAGCCUCUGUAUCGUGUGGUCAGCAACACCAUUGAGCCACUGACCCUCUUCCACAAGAUGGGCGUGGGUCGGCUGGACAUGUACGUCCUCAACCCUGUCAAGGACAGCAAGGAGAUGCAGUUCCUCAUGCAGAAGUGGGCGGGCAAUAGUAAAGCCAAGACAGGCAUUGUCCUGGCCAAUGGGAAGGAAGCAGAGAUUUCUGUCCCCUACCUGACCUCCAUCACGGCUCUGGUGGUCUGGCUCCCAGCCAACCCUACUGAGAAGAUUGUACGCGUGCUUUUCCCAGGAAAUGCUCCCCAGAACAAGAUCUUAGAGGGCUUGGAAAAGCUUCGGCACCUGGACUUCCUGCGCUACCCUGUGGCGACACAGAAGGAUCUGGCUGCUGGGGCCGUGCCUGCCAACUUGAAACCCAGCAAAAUCAAACAUCGGGCUGACAGCAAGGAGAGCCUCAAAGCUGCUCCCAAGACAGCGGCGAGCAAGCUGGCCAAACGCGAGGAGGUGUUGGAAGAGGGAGCCAAGGAGGCCCGCUCAGAGCUGGCCAAGGAGUUAGCCAAGACAGAAAAGAAAGCAAAAGAACCAUUCGAGAAGCCCCCAGAGAAAGCCUCCAAGGCAGAGAGGGCGAGGGCAGAGUCAAGCGAGGCACUGAAGGCUGAGAAACGAAAGCUGAUCAAGGACAAAGUGGGGAAGAAGCACCCGAAGGAAAAGAUAUCAAAGCUGGAGGAGAAGAAGGACAAGGAGAGGAAGGAGCUCAAGAAGGAGAGGAAGGAGCUCAAGAAGGAGGAAGGGAGGAAGGAAGAGAAAAAGGACACCAAGAAGGACGACAAGAGGAAAGAUACCAAACCUGAGGUCAAGAAAUUCUCCAAACCAGACCUGAAGCCUUUUACCCCUGAGGUCCGUAAGACCCUCUAUAAAGCCAAGGCCCCUGGAAGGGUCAAGGUGGACAAAGGACGAGCUGCCCGUGGGGAAAAAGAGUUGUCUUCUGAGCCCCGGACACCCCCAGCCCAGAAGGGGGCUGUGCCGCCCCCACCUGUCAGUGCGCCCCGAGAGUCAGCCUUGUCCUCACCAGAGGACCUCACCCAGGACUUUGAGGAGUUGAAGCGUGAGGAGAAAGGUUUGCUGGCUGAUCAAAGGGACACAGGACUAGGCGAGAAACCACUCCCUGUAGAUAGUGCAGAGCAGGGACGCCCAAUCACAGCCACCCAGGUCACAGAACCCUCCGUCCCAGGGCCCGAACAAGAAGAACAUGUGAUAAGGGAGCAAGAGGUCACCCCAGACUUCCCCAAGGAAACAGGGAGCAAGGACAGAUACCCAGACUCAGGGGCUGAGGCAGAAAAAGAGAAAGAAGCCUGGGAGGAAAAGAAGCAGACAGAAGCAGAGAAGAUCCCAGAGAGCGCGGAGGCCAGGGAGGAGAGCGAACCUGAGGUAAAGGAGGAUGUGAUAGAAAAGGCUGAGUUAGAAGAAAUGGAAGAGGUUCACCCUUCGGAUGAGGAUGAAGAAGAGACAAAGGCUGAGAGUUUUUAUCAAAAGCAUCUGCAAGAAGCCUUAAAAGUAGUCCCAAAGAGCAGAGACGCUCCUGGGGGCCGGGAACUGGGAUUCCAGGCCAAGGGGCCCGAGAAGGAGGCAUCAUCAUUCCUGAGCAGCUUGGCCACACCGGCUGGAGCCACCGAGCAUGUCUCUUACAUUCAGGAUGAGACCAUCCCUGGCUACUCGGAGACCGAGCAGACUAUUUCAGAUGAGGAGAUCCAUGAUGAGCCAGAAGAACGCCCAGCCCCGCCCAGAUUUCUUACAAGUACCUAUGACCUUUCUGGGCCUGAAGGUCCUGGCCCCUUUGAAGCCAGCCAGUCCGUAGAUAGUACUGUUCCUGCCACCUCAGGCAAAUCUUACGGGGCACCUGAGACUGAACUCACUUACCCUCCCAACAUGGUCGCCGCCCCUUUGGCUGAAGAAGAGCAUGUAUCUUCGGCCACAUCAAUCACCGAGUGUGACAAACUCUCUUCCUUUGCCACAUCGGUGGCCGAGGACCAAUCUGUGGCUUCACUCACAGCUCCCCAGACAGAGGAGACAGGCAAGAGCUCCUUGUUGCUCGACACGGUCACAAGUAUCCCCUCUUCCCGCACUGAGGCCACUCAGGGCUUGGACUAUGUGCCGUCAGCUGGUACCAUCUCACCCACCUCUUCACUGGAAGAAGAUAAGGGCUUCAAGUCCCCACCCUGUGAGGAUUUCUCAGUGACUGGGGAGUCGGAGAAGAAAGGAGAGGCUGUCGGGAGAGGCUUGAUUGGGGAGAAAGCUGUGGGAAAGGAAGAGAAAAACAUAACAGCAUCUGAGAAACUGCCCAGUCAGUAUGCUGCCAUGUUUGGUGUCCCCGGACAUGCCCUACACCCAGGGGAGCCAGCCCUUGGAGAAGUGGAGGAACGGUGCCUCAGUCCAGAUGAUAGCACAGUGAAGAUGGCGUCUCCACCACCAUCUGGCCCACCCAGUGCCACCCACACACCCUUUCAUCAGUCCCCAGUGGAAGAACAGUCUGAGCCUCAAGACUUCCAGGAAGACUCCUGGGGAGACACAAAGCACAUGCCAGGUGUGGCUAAGGAAGAUGCUGAAGAGCAGACUGUCAAGCCGGGGCUCGAGAAGGGCAUACCAGAAGAAGGAACAGUACCUCUGUCCAGGAGCCCCCAAGCCCAGGAUGCUCCUAUCAGCAUUGUUGGGGGUCAGACUGGCUGUACCAUUCAACUGUUUCCAGAACAAGACAAAGCAAUAGUGUUUGAGAGCGGAGAGGCAGGUCCAAUUCUGGGAGCAGAAGCCCUUCCUAGGGAAGCGAGGGCACCGCUUGAAGAACCCAGUGAACCUCAGAGAGAUGAGGUACUUCGGCUCACCGAUCAAAGCCUUUCCCCUGAAGAUGCAGAGUCCUUGUCGGUCCUCAGUGUAGUCUCCCCAGACACUGCCAGACAAGAAGCCACCCCCAGAUCCCCCUGUAGCCUGAAGGAGCCGCAUCUACACAAAGACCUUUGGCCAAUGGUAUCCCCAGAAGACACCCAGUCACUUUCUUUCUCAGAAGAGAGUCCUAGCAAAGAGACCUCUCUGGAUAUCUCUUCCAAGCAGCUCUCUCCAGAAAGUCUUGGCACCCUCCAGUUUGGGGAACUAGGCCCAGGAAAGGAAGAAAAGGGGCCUCUGAUGAAGGCUGAAGAUGCCUCUUGCUACCCAACUUCUGUGUCCAUUCCAGAGCCCCACAUAGCCACAGUGUCACUUCCUGCAGCUGCUGCUGCUGGAGAGGCAGAUGUCACAGAUGAGAGCCCUGCUGGAAAAUUACCCAGCAGCUCUUUGUUUCACUCUGCUCUGUCACCUGGGGAGGUCACAGGCCCUGCUGGACACAUCAUGACAUCUGAUAGCUCUCUCACCAAGAGUCCCGAGUCUUUGUCAAGUCCUGCUGUGGAAGACCUUGCCGUGGACUGGGAAGGCAAAGCUCCAGGGUUGAGAGACAGAGCUGCUGAGCGGAAGGAAAAGGGACUUGAGCUAGAGCAAGAGGCCCUGCAGCAGAAGGGCUGGACUGUGCAGGAGAAGGUUGCUGUCGAGCAGGACUCGGCUGUGCCUCAGAAAGAUGAGGCUCUAGGUGGAAAGGAGAAGUGUGGCGACCAGCAGGCUCAGACAUCACGACAGAAAGACGGAGCCUCAGACCACCAGGGUGCAGCCGUGGAGCUGGGCAAGGGGCCUGAACCCAAAGACAAAGACCUAGAGCGAAAGGACCAGGUCCCAGGAGAGAAGGACAAGGCAUCAGAACAAAAGGACGCAGUCCUGCUACAGACCCAAGCCGCUGAACCAAAAGACCGAGAACAAGAGCACCGAGAUUUAGAUAAAAGAGAUAAGGUCUUAGAGCCGAAAGAUGAGACCCCGGUAGACAGAGGAUUAGAACAGAAAGACAGGACUCCAGAGCACAGCACCCAUGAACCAACGCAGACAGAUGGAGCUCUGGGACAGAAAGGUGAUGCUGAUGAAGAACAGAAGGAUGAGGUCUCAGAAGACAAAGGCAAGGUCUCAGAACAGAAAGACUGGGCCCGAGGGAAGAAGGGUGCUGCGCUGGACCAUGACAACAGGCCUGCUGAACAGAAAGAUGGGACCCCACAGGAGGACAGAACUCAGGGCCAGAAGAGCUCGUUCUUGGAAGAUAAAACCACGACAUUGAAAGAGACAAUCCUUGACCAAAAGACUCCAGAAGAGGCCAAGGCUGCGGAGCAGCAGGAUGAAGCUGUCCUGGGGAAGAUUAGCGUUUUGGGGCUGGAAGAGAGCCCCGUGCAGGGUGGCAAGGUCCAAGAGCAGGAAGAGCGAUACUGGAAGCAGCACGAUGUGGUCCAGGGAUGGCGAGACACAUCUCCAAUCAGAGGAGAGCCAGUUGGAGAACGGAAGGAGCCGGUUCCAGCCUGGGAUGGCCAGUCUCCUGAGCAAGAAGUCCGGUAUUGGAGAGACAGAGAUGUAACCCUCCAGCAGGACGCUUACUGGAGGGAGCUAAGCUGUGAGAGGAAGGUUUGGUUCCCUCAUGAGCUAGAUGGCGAAGGAGCCCGUCCACGGUACUGUGAGGAGCGUGAAAGUACUUUUCUUGAUGAGGGGGCAGAGGAACAAGAUGUGACCUCGUUGCAGCACACUCCCCGGAGCCCCUGGGCCUCAGAUUUCAAGGACUUCCAGGAGCCCCUGCCACAGAAGGGGCUGGAGGUGGAGCGCUGGCUUGCCGAGUCUCCAGUUGGCCUGCCACCAGACGAGGAGGACAAGCUGACGCGCUCUCCCUUUGAGAUCAUCUCCGCUCCAUCGUCCCCACCUGAGAUGACUGGACAGAGAGUCCCUCCAGCCCCAGGACAAGAAAGCCCUGUCCCAGACACUGAGUGUACACCACCUAUGAGGAAUGAACCUACCGCCCCUUCAUGGCUAGCUGAGAUCCCACCAUGGGUACCUAAGGAUAGACCCCUGCCUCCUGCACCCCUCUCUCCAGCUCCAGCUCCCCCGACAUCUGCCACAGAGUCACAUACUCCUGUGCCCUUCUCCUGGGGCAUAGCUGAGUAUGACAGCGUGGUGGCUGCUGUGCAGGAGGGCGCAGCUGAGUUGGAAGGUGGACCAUACUCCCCUCUGGGGAAGGACUAUCGUAAAGCUGAAGGGGGGAGAGAAGGCGAGGGUGGGGCUGGGGCUCCAGACAGCAGCUCCUUCAGUUCAACAGUCCCAGAAGCUGGUGAGCGCAGCCCCACCCGGGACACAGAGCAGACUGAGCCAGAGCAGAGAGAGCCCACGCCCUACCCCGAUGAGAGGAGCUUUCAGUACGCAGACAUCUAUGAGCAGAUGAUGCUUACUGGGCUGGGCCCUGCUUGCCCUACUAGGGAGCCGCCACUGGGGGCAUCUGGGGAUUGGCCCCCACGCCUCUCAACCAAGGAGGAGGCUGCUGGCCGCAAUACAGCCUCAGAGAAGGAGCCUUCCUCUCCUGUCUCACCCAAAAGCCUCCAGUCUAACACUCCAACUUUCCAGUCUGACACUCCAACUUUUAGCUAUGCAGCUCUAGCAGGACCCACCAUACCUCCUAGGCAAGAGCCUGAGCCAGGGUCCAGCGUGGAGCCCAGCCUCAUCCCUCCGGCAGUGCCCCCUCGUGUCCCUAUCUCCCUGAGCAAAGACCCGAGCCCUCCUCUUAAUGGAAGCACGAUAAGCUGUAGCCCAGACAGGAGGACGCCAUCUCCAAAAGAAUCAGGCCGAGGUCACUGGAAUGACAGUACUAGUGACUCAGACCUGGAGAAAGGGGCUCGAGAACAGCCAGAGAAAGAGGCCAUGUCCCCUAGUCCCCAUCACCCCAUGCCUGCAGGCCACCCCUCACUGUGGCCUGAAACUGAGGCACAUACCAGCCUUUCCUCAGACUCACACCUAGGAGCCGUCAGACCAAGUCUGGACUUUCCUGCCUCAGCCUUUGGCUUCUCCUCCUUGCAGCCUGCUCCCCCUCAGCUGCCCUCUCCCGCAGAACCCCGCUCGGCACCCUGUGGCUCCCUUGCCUUCUCUGGGGACCGAGCUCUGGCCCUGGUUCCAGGAACUCCAACCAGAAGCCGGCAUGAUGAGUACCUGGAAGUGACCAAGGCGCCCAGCCUGGAUUCCUCACUACCCCAACUCCCGUCACCCAGCUCUCCUGGGGCCCCUCUCCUCUCCAAUCUGCCGCGACCUGCCUCACCGGCCCUGUCCGAAGGGUCAUCUUCUGAGGCUACCACACCUGUAAUUUCAAGCGUCGCUGAACGCUUCCCUCCAGGUCUAGAGGCUGCUGUACAGGGUGCUGGAGACCUGGGCCCAGGAGCAGAGACAGCUGCCCACAGCCUCUGGGACCUCACUCCUCUAAGCCCAGCACCUUUAGCGUCCCUUGACUUGGCUCCCGCUCCAGUCCCAAGCCUGCCUGGAGACACGGAUGAUGGCACCCUGCCCUGCCGCCCGGAGUGCUCAGGGGAACUCACGAAGAAGCCAAGCCCCUUCCAGAGCCCCUCUGGAGAUCGUGCCGCCAAUGGCCCGGGAGAAUCCAGCCCCAACUUGCCAGGGCUUGCGGCAGCCAAGGCAGAAAAGGAAGAGGCGGAGGCCUGUCCUGCUUGGGACCGAGGGUCCUGGCCUGAGGGAGCUGAGAGGAGCUCCCGGCCAGAUACACUACUCUCAUCUGAACAGCAGCUGCGUCCUGGGAAGAGCUCCGGGGACCCACCCUGCAGUCUUUCUCCUGAAGUUGAGGCUGGACCUCAGGGAUGUGCUACAGAGCCCCGCCCCCACUGUGGAGAGCUUUCUCCCUCAUUCCUGAACCCACCUCUGCCCCCAUCCACAGAUGACAGUGACCUUUCUACUGAAGAAGCUCGGCUGGUAGGAAAAGGAGGGCGGCGCCGAGGAGGGAGGCCAGGGCCCACAGGGGGGCCAUGCCCUAUGGCUGAUGAGACACCCCCCACAUCAGGCAGUGACUCAGGCUCCUCACAGUCAGAUUCUGAUGUUCCGCCAGAAACUGAGGAGUGUCCGUCCAUCACAGCUGAAGCAGCCCUGGACUCAGAUGAAGAUGGGGACUUCUUGCCUGUAGACAAAGCUGGGGGAGUUGGUGGAACUCACCACCCCAGACCUGGCCAUGACCCACCCCCAGUCCCCCAACCAGACCCUCGCCCAUCCCCUCCCCGACCUGAUGUUUGCAUGGCUGACCCUGAGGGGCUCAGCUCAGAGUCUGGGAGGGUUGAGAGACUACGAGAAAAGGUGCAGGGACGACCAGGGCGUAGGGCCCCGGGCCGGGCCAAGCCUGCAUCUCCUGCUCGGCGUCUGGAUAUUCGGGGGAAACGGUCACCUACCCCCGGGAAAGGGCCUGUGGACCGAACAUCCCGGGCCCUACCCCGACCACGCAGCACUCCAAGCCAGGUCACCUCAGCAGAAGAAAAGGAUGGACACAGCCCCAUGUCCAAAGGCUUAGUCAAUGGACUCAAGGCAGGAUCCACCUUGGGCUCCAAGGGCGGUUCCGGCCCUCCUGUGUAUGUGGAUCUUGCCUAUAUCCCAAACCACUGCAGUGGCAAGACUGCUGACCUGGACUUCUUCCGCCGAGUGCGUGCAUCCUACUAUGUGGUCAGUGGGAAUGACCCUGCCAACGGCGAGCCAAGUCGGGCUGUGCUGGAUGCCCUGCUGGAAGGCAAGGCCCAGUGGGGGGAGAACCUUCAGGUGACUCUGAUUCCCACUCAUGAUACGGAGGUGACUCGUGAGUGGUACCAGCAGACACAUGAGCAACAGCAGCAGCUGAACGUCCUGGUCCUGGCUAGCAGCAGCACUGUGGUGAUGCAGGACGAGUCCUUUCCAGCCUGCAAGAUCGAGUUCUGAAAGACUCACCCUCCCUUCCCCAAGGAUCCACUCCCACUGCUCAUUUAGAGAAUGGCUACUGCUGAGUCCUUUGGGGUUGAGGGAAAUGGAGCUGGGUAGGGGGCAAUGUUGUGUUGUGAGGACUUGGGCUAAAUGGGAGGUACUGUCCUUCCCCUCAUC